AUGUUCUUCAGGGAAAUCACUGAGAGCUUAGGCUGUGCUCUGGGUGGUUUCUGUAUCAGCAUGUGGCUUCUCUGCCUGGUCCCUGGCGGGCUGCUCGGUCCUGUUGUAUCCAAAGCCAUUUUCAUUUCUUGCUUUACUGUAGGCGGGUUUGCCUUUUACUUCAGCCAUUACACACGAGACUGGGCGCUCAUUCUGAUGAUCUCAUUCUCUGGUGCUACAGUCACGGUGUUGGGUAUCGAUUCGUUUAGCCGGGCUGGACUAAAAGAGUUUUGGGCCUACGUUUGGGAACUCAAUGAUGAGUUGUUUCCUCUUGGUGCCCAUACUUAUCCAGUCACCAAAGGCAUCCGAGUUGAAACUGCAGCAAUCGUCAUCAUCUGUCUAUUUGGUAUCAUCUCACAGAUCAAGCUAUGGAAACUAGUUCGUGAAAAACGCGAAAAGAAGGCCGAAGAAGCUGCCGAAGGAGAGCGCAACCUCCGCGAGGAAGAGGAACAAGUCGGCAGGAACAUUGAAGAGGCAAACGCACGUGAGAGACGCCAGUGGGAGAGGAUUUAUGGAGACGGAGAUGCAGAAAGCUCAACGGUCUCUCACACUUCCAACGACGGCGAGACACCCAACGAGAAGAACAACCGCAUCAGCCAAACCGACUCUUUAAAAAGACAAUCCGCCUCGAUUGUCGAGGUUAUCGAGAUGACAGACAUGCCCGACUCUGAGCAAUUCAAGAAGCAGCCUACCACUACCGGAACCUGA